AUGGGAGCGAGAAAUCAGACGCAAGUGGUGGAAUUUGUCUUCAUGGGUUUCUCUGGCAUUCCGAACAGCCACAUCUACCUCUUCCUGCCAUUCCUAGCCAUUUACUUGGUCACCAUACUGGGGAACCUCAUGAUAUUUACUAUGAUUCAACUGGAUUCCAGCCUCCAUACCCCCAUGUAUUAUUUCCUCAGCCAUCUCUCCUGCUUAGAUAUUUGCAUCUCCUCAGUCACAGUUCCUAAGAUCCUGGUGAACUUCUUGUACCAACAACAGACCAUCCCCUACAACCAGUGCAUGGCCCAGAUGUUCUUCUUCUUGUCUUUCACGGGGACGGAGGCUCUGCUGCUGGCUGUCAUGGCCUAUGACCGCUACACUGCCAUCUGUAAACCUCUGCAUUAUUCCCGCCUCAUGAGCACCAAGCUGUGCAUCCUACUAUCCUCUGCUGCUUGGUUCUGGGGCUUCCUAGAUUCUGCUCUUCAUACAGCUCUCAGCUCCAAGUUGUACUUCUGUGGAGUCAACCAGAUUCACCACAUUUUCUGUGAUCUACCCCCACUGAUUAAAAUUACUUGUAGCGACACACGCAUCAAUGAAAUGGUAAUCCACAUAACAAGCAUGGCAAGUCUUUUUGUGGGCGUGGCCCCCUUCUUGUUCACUAUCCUCUCGUACAUCUUCAUCCUGUCCUCCAUCUUGAAGAUCCAUUCCACCACUGGCAAACGCAAAGCUUUUUCCACCUGUGCAUCUCACCUCAUCGUUGUAAUCAUUUACUAUGGAAAUGCAUUACUUAACUACGAUAGACCAAGCUCAGGGUAUUCCCUGGAGAUUGACACUCUGGUCUCUACCAUGUUCUGCAUCAUCCCCCCUAUGUUGAACCCCCUCAUCUAUAGCCUCCGAAACAAGGAAGUGAAGGGGGCCCUGAAGAAGGUUUUGGAAAGCCAAAGCAAGUCUACGUGUCUCCACACUAUAAAAUAG